AUGGCGCUGUCCAAGUCACAGGGCUCGGAUCUCCCGCUGAAUGCUACGCACGCUUCCUCCCCCAGAGGCAAUUUCGUAUAUGCAGACGGCGAUGCGAAGCAUCGGCCGGGCAGCCUGGGUGACGGGGACAAUACCAGCCUCUGCAAGCUUUGCCAUCAACUCGGUCUAUCGGUUGACAAAUUCGUCAUCCCAGACGAUGCUCCUACAUCCGCGUACAAUCCCAACAAGUCGAUGAGGCCCAAUUCUGACACCAAUACGCCUGGAUCCGUGAAUUCUCUAAUGCGAUCCGGGGGCCUUCCACUCAAGCUCGGAAGUCUAUUGGACAUACAGCACCGCCAGCACCACUGUGUGCUUUGCAACCUCUUGGCGCAGUCCGUCGAGCAGCGCGACCUCAACAAAGCUCUAAAGGAGCACGGCCGGGAGCUGCUAGAGCUAGCCCAGUGUGAACUGAGUUGGGAAAUUGAUGGCCGCGAGUACCUUGACACAACAACCGGACUGAUCAAGAACCGCACGCGUAGACUUCGGGUGCAAUGGUCUCAUCCUGCUCUGCAGGAAUUUGGAUCCUAUCUCGUGUUUGUGGCUCCCGAACAAGACUGGCGCCCCAACUCGGAAGCGCAAGCAUCGUCACGAAGAGAGAUACAUUUUCUCGGAAGGAGCAUCGCCCCCCACAAAGGAAGAACUGCGUUGAUCAAGAGCUGGCUCGACUUGUGCCGGUAUCAUCAUAAUGAGCACUGUCAAGACAAAUAUGAAGGUACCGAAGAGUUCGAGAAGAUGCUCGGAGAGUCGUACUUUGGCCUGCUGGACGUGGUGAAUAUGCAGCUGUGCGUUCUGCCACAUGGACGCAAUGUAAACGGCUUCGCAUACGAGCCUUUCGUGGCCCUCAGCUAUGUUUGGGGCAAGCCAGAAGCCGGGAAACCAGAGCCGUACGUGACGCUUCGCGAGAAUAUUUUGUUGCAUCAAAACCACGGAGGUCUACAGGGCGCCUAUCCCGACUUUCCGAAAGCUAUUAAAGAAGCCAUCGACCUGGUUCCUCGUUUAGGAAUGCGAUACAUAUGGAUUGAUUCACUCUGCAUAGUCCAGGACAGCUUCCGCUCAUGGAACUUGAAUGCACGGAGAAUGCACAUGAUCUAUGGCUUCGCAAGCCUGACUAUUUGCGCCGCGGACGGCGAAGAUUCAUCCACAGGUCUUGAGGCAAUGUAUGCCGAUUCAGCAAACCAAAUCCAGGGCUAUUGCGCUCCCGGCGUCACUUUGAUGAUAUCUAGGCCCCCUGAAACUGCCAUUCGUGGCUCUCGCUGGAACCAACGUGCUUGGACUUUCCAGGAGCGUCUGCUGUCGAGACGAUGCGUGAUAUUUGCGGAGAAGAGAGUGUACUUUCAGUGCCGUUGUGCCAGCAUGUCCCAAGAUAUUUAUGCUCAUGGCCGUGGAACGGCUUGGUCACUGGACUCAAUUCACGCACCUCUUCAGACGCUGAAAGAGCUCAGAGUCCGCGCCAUCUGGUUCUACAUCCACUGUGUGUCCAUGUAUACCUCUCGCCAGCUCACCAAGCCACGCGACAUUCUGGCUGCGUUCAACGGUGUCACAACACUAAUUCAAAAGGUCAUGCGGGCUCCCUUUGUGUUCGGUCUGCCGAGUUCUCAUUUUGAUCUCGCCUUGCUGUGGCAGCCGAAAGGAAAGAUUAAGCCUCGAGUUGUAAAGGACGAGGGCGAUAAAGCUUUCGAGGUCGAGUUUCCUACCUGGGCAUGGUGUGGCUGGAUUGAGGCCCAAGUAGACUAUGAAUCGGAUCUGCUCAAUGAUUGCUUGGCCAAUGUUCACGAAUGGCUUGUGAACCAUACCUGGAUUUGUUACUACAUCCGAGACGACCAGGGAAAUUCGAGGCCUCUGUGGGACAAGUUCAGAGCUGAGGACGACCAAAGCUCAGAAGCACGCUGGCGAGGUUAUCGUGGGAAGCAUACCAGUUGUGUUCCCUUUGCGAUGCCCACUGUGCCUCCCAGACCACCAGAACAUACCGAACAUUCGCACCACGAAGAGGGAGGCAGACUCGGAGUUGCGGCACUAUCCACGGAUAAUGCAAGGGGCAGGAUAUAUUCAGAUGAGGGUGCAUACCGUGAGGGCCCACGACUUGCUGAAAACCUGAAUCAACAUAACAGGAUGGCACAGGCACACCGCCCUAUUACGCUUGCUAGGGGUCUUACGGCAGGCGACAGAAAAAUGUCUUUGCACCCUCCCCUUGAUCCGGAAGUCCUAUACGCCCAAAGGAAGCCCGGUUACAGCCGCUAUCGCCAUCGGGCACGCAGUAGGUCAUCCUCCUCGCCUUCAACAGAGCAUGGAUCUCUUCCUCUGGGUCGACGAGCACAUUUUGACGCCAUAAGCCCAGGGGAAGAAUUUGUCGAUGUCACAGACCCGACUCUGGAGGAUUCAACUCACUUCACUGAAGCCGAGCUGGGUAAAGGCCACCGGCGCGGCUUUCCUCUACGUCUUAGGGGUCCUCACUCAGGUCCCCAGGAGCAGCGCCGUCGCCGAUAUCAAGUAAAUCACGACUAUCGCGAAAAACCAACCCAAGAAUUCGACAUCUUUGGCCGCGCCUUCUGGGACGAGAUCCGGAUGCGGUCACAGAACGAGUUCUUUCGCACGAUCCCGGAGAAUCCGUUUCGCGUGCUCAAAGCGUCCGGCGGGUAUAAUGGGAAUGGCGACAAAGACCAAUCGUACCAAAACAAACUACAAUUCUGGACCUGGCAGGAGACUUUGCAGGUCUGCCGGGCUGAGACUCGUCCUCGGUUAAAGGGCACAGGGCUAUGUAGGUGCGACAUCAUGGACGAUCUAGGUGACUGGUGCGGCUCAAUUGUCGUCAAUGAGGGCUGGAUUGAGGAGGAAUGCGCCGGCCAGGGAAUUCACACGGGCGUGGUGGCAUGUGACUUCAUCGCUCUGUCGGAAGCAAAGUCUUUCUCCGAGGAGGAGAGUCCCGUGUGGACGUACUACAUCCCCAAGGAGCGGCACGAGUCCGAAUGGGAUGUGUUUUACGUGCUGUUGGUGAAGUAUCACCCCAAGAGCGCGGUGUGGCAGCGUGUCGCGUUGGGCAAGGUCUUCAGGGCGGCGUUUUCGUUUGACGACGAUGGAUGGCAAGAGAUAAUCCUGAGGUGAAGAGUCGAGUACUAGUAUGAACGGGAUUGGAUGCUGUUAUACUGAUGAUGUGUAAGGCUCGAGGGAGAC